AUGCCAAGCAUUUUCAAAGGCAUUGUAGAUCUUUUCCUUGACGGAAAAGGUGUUGAAAGCAAUUCUUCUCAUCUCGACCGUCUCCACUUUGAUGAGCGUGAUCCCACUCAGGAUAGGCGCCCAUAUCUCAAUGAGCUCAUUGCGAAAGCGAGGGCUGACCCAUUAACAGUACUGGCUGCAACUGAUGGCUCUGUCCCUCAGUCCAACCAGUAUCAGGUGGCUUCAGCUGUCAUCAUCUACAAGGGACAUCGCAAGCUCAAAAGGACUCGCUAUGUCUCUGGCAGAGUAACCGCCCCUGAUGCGGAACUCAAUGCCAUCUCGUGUGCAGUACGCCUUGCUGUCAAGCAGGCAAACUGCCAGCAUAUUAUGGUCUUUACUGACUCUAUGGGCUCGGCCCACAGAGUGGUAGACCCCUCCAUGCACUCUGGCCAGGCCUUUAGUCUGUCAGUCUGUCAUGCUCUCCAAGAGUGGUUCAAGGCAGAUGAUCUCCACCGCAUCACCUUCGUCUAUGUUCCAUCUGCCCUACGGUGGGACAUCCAUGGUGAAGCACACAAGUACAUCACCGAACUCAAAGUCAGGGUUGGACGUUGCAAGAUGGACAACUCUAUAGACGCGCUUUGCUCUCGAGCGGCGCACUCAGUCCUGGACUCGUGGAGUUCCACUUUCCAGGAUCCAACCUACUGGGGCUCUGAAUUUUUAGAGCUUCAACGGCCUGACAGGCGGCCGAUACAGCCAUCCUACCUCAAUGGGGGACCUUGGCUCUCAACAUCCAGACACAGUAUCACUGAGUUUGCUCGUGUCUGCCAGUGCAUAACUGGCCAUGCGCCCAUUGGAGCGUACUACCAUUGCUUCAAGAUUAAUGAGCCUCAUGGCUGCACUUGCAGGGCUGCUUUGCAGUCCCAUCAGCACGUCCUCUUUCGCUGCCAUGAUAGAUAUUCUGUAUACUACCCCCGUUUUCUCAGGGAUAUUGCAUCGUUUUUGAAGCACAACCCUACAGCAUUUGGCUUCAACCAGGACCCCUCGGGUGUUGGAUAA